UGCUGUUAUUCGAGAAAAAAUAUCCUGAUAUAAAUAUAUCAGUUAAAAAUAUCGAUAAAUUGAUAUUUCGAUAUACUUUUAACAACAAAUGGAGAUCUCCGUUGACUUGAGUGCUACCAUGUCAGUUGAUGACAUAAACUUGGAACAGGAGACUUCUUUAUUAAAUCACAAUGUGAGUUUUAACACCAGUAUAGAAAACACAUUGGCAUCGACUGCGAUAGCCGGCGAAUCGAUGUCCAAUCUCAGCUUCAGUCUAAGCGAAGCUGAGCGUCAUAGGCUAAGACAGAUUGAAGAUAAGAAUUGUGAGACUGUCAAUCGCAACACGCACUGUGUCCUCAACGAUUUGUCGGUGAAUCUGGAGGACAAGCGGCCCAUAAACGCUAGCUUAAGCUGUAUGGAAAUAAGCGUUGUUAUGGAGGAAGCGUCUAGUACACUAGGAAGAGAAAGCGAGCGCAUCAUAAAUAUUGAAGACACACUGGAUGAGAUUCCCGUCGACAAUAGAGAGACAAGAGAUUCCGUCCCGGGUCGGUCAAGUAAUGAACAAACUAGCAGUAACACAGUACCAAUGGCAAAGCAACUUGUUGAACUAGGACGUCGCCACUGGUCAUCAACAAUUGAAGCUCAGAGAUACACGAAAGGCUGCUACUGGUCGCCGGACGGCACGUGCUUGCUAAUACCAGUUCACACGGAUGGCAUGCAUGUAGUUGAAAUGCCCUUGGAUUUAUACAAUUCCAAGUGCGUGACUCCGGAGAGAGAUCUUUCCCAACUACAAUCAGCAGUACAUGUUCCUGAAGGAGGUGCCGUCUACGAUUGCACUUGGUAUCCACUAAUGAGCAGCCAAGAUGCAAGCACUUGUUUAUGGAUAGCUACUCGCCAGCACGAGCCAAUUCACAUGUGGGAUGCGUUUGAUGGGAGUUUGCGAUGUAGUUACAGUGGCUACGACAAAGUAGACGAAGUAAUAGCAGCCAUUUCGCUUUCUUUCUCGCAUGAUGGGCAGAAGAUCUAUGCAGGUUACAAACACUGUAUUAAGAUUUUCGAUACGAGUCGGCCUGGUCGCAUCUGUGAUGAGUACGCCGUCAAAUUCGCCGUUUCUUGCAUAGCCCAGACUUCGGAGCACCCUCACGCACUUACCUGCGGCAACUGGAAGGGCUAUAUACAACACUUUGAUCUACGUUGUCCGCCAAAUGAAGGUCCAAUGUUUACUCUGGGCGGCCAUUCGGCUGGGAUUACGCAGUUGAGCUAUGCAGAUAAUGCAGGCAAUUGGCAGUUGUAUAGCGGUGCACGAAAGUGCCCAAAGCUACUAGAGUGGGAUAUGCGUAAUUACAAAGCACCGCUUCGUGAAUUUCAACGUAUAGUAAACACCAACCAGCGCAUUCAAUUUGACCUAAGCAUAGAUCAUUCAUGGCUAGCUAGUGGAGACACAAACGGUGCCAUGAAUAUAUGGAACUUGAAAUCCAACCAUAAUACCCAGUCUGCUAAAGUACCAGUGCAUGGUGACUGCUGUAAUGGCAUUGGCUUCCAUCCGAUAUUGCCAAUAUUAGCUAGCACAUCGGGUCAAUAUCACUUCGUCACUGGCGACAAUCAUGAGAUUUUAAUGGACUCUAUGGAUACAAACACUCAUCAGAGAAUUGAAGAGGAAAAGCUUGUAAUUGAGUAUGAGAACUCUGUUGUGUUGCUCUGGUUUGGCGACACUUUACUAUGAAUUUUGUUCACUUGUUUUUGUGUACAUUAUCGAUUCAAGUUUAUAUGCAGUUUAUGAAAUAAUUAUUUCCACAGAAGUAAAUAAAAACUGUGAUGUCGCAUAAUUAAAUGAAAGCCAUGUUACUAAGUACCAAUCGUCAAUAUAUAUCAUUUAUUUAAAUUAAGGA